AUGAAUCAAGUAGAACGAUGCACGGGAGAUGGAGAGUCAGUCAGGGGUGUUAUAGCUGAGCUCAAGAAGCUCUCAGAUGGCGCCAAGAAGUUGGAUAACCCAAGUGUCACACAGGCUACUACAAGCGGACUGGACGCUAUGAUCACUCAUCUAUCCAAGAAACUUGCACCUCUACGGUCAGCGGAGGAAUUGGAACAAUCUCUAGCAGACACUUUGCGCGAGUUGGAUCGAACUCUCAAGGAACACAAGAAUUCGGUCACCCAGCGCAAAGAGUUAGAGGCUAAGCUAGCCGCCCAGCGCUCCGAGAUGGAGGCCAAGACGAGGACAAUAGAUGCGAUGAGGCAAGAAUCCGAGCGUGCGCGAAGAAUAGAAGCACAAAUGACCAAGAUGAAAGCAGAACAGGAAGCGUUAAAAAAGGAGCUUAAGAAGGCCCAAGAAGAUAGGGAAGAUGCUCGGGAGAGAAUACUAGUACUUAAGCGUAGGAACCAUAAUCUUGUGACGACAAACGAGAGCCUCAAACUUGACCUCAAUCUCUCACUUUCCGCUCGCCCUCCUUCACCUACUCGCCAACCUUCUGAGCCCACUCCAACGAAACGCUCUAGUCGGGGAUCCGUAAUAUCUAUUCGAAGUCAGUCCUCUCCUGAUACUAAAUUUGUGUCUCUGGUUAGUAGCGACGACGAGGUACGCAAGCCAACUGAGAGUUCUUCCGUUCAAUUCAUCUCCGAUGAUGAUGACGAACCAACUCUCAUGUUUCGAGAGAUCAAGCAGAAGAUCAGACCUGUGAAGCCCUUGCUAUUUCAACAAAUACCCCAUGCAUCUAGCUCCCGACCACCCAGGUCCGUGCGGAAACGCAAGCUCGCAGCGAGUGUACCGAAUACUCCCGCCAAUGGGGGCCUCGAGCUUAGGAACGGCAAACUCACCCGUCUGGUCGCGACAGGCCCCAAGCGGUCCAAAAAAGCAUAG